UGCUGAUUUAGCGACGAGGCACCAGCACCAGCACCAGCUAUAUAAACCCUCUAGUGUAUGCACAGACACGCUCACCACCUAGCUGGCUAGUCCUCACAGAAGGAGCAAUGACAUUGCUCAGCUUCUUCUUGAUCCUCUGCUCCCACGCUCUUGCUGUGUCCCCCGCUCCGGGGAGGGGUAGCGACCAACUCGCGCUCCUCUCCUUCAAGUCCACCAUUGCGCCCCCGAGAGGGUUGCUGGCUUCAUGGAACACCUCCACCCACCACUGCAGCUGGCCAGGCGUUGCUUGCGGGCGGCGGCACCCCGAUAGGGUCGUCUCCCUACGCAUGGCCUCCUUCAACCUGUCGGGACGCAUCUCGCCAUUCUUGGGCAACCUCUCCUUUCUCAGGGAGCUUGACCUCGGCGACAACCACCUCGCCGGUCAGAUACCCCCGGAGCUCGGCCAUCUUGCCAGGCUUCGGCUCCUAAGCCUCAGGGUGAAUUCUCUCCAGGGAAGCAUUCCUGUGGCUCUUGGAGGAUGCACCAACCUCACCACGCUUGACCUAAGUAGAAACCAUCUCCAAGGUGAGAUCCCGGGCGAGAUAGGUUCCAGCUUGAAGAAUCUUGUCACUUUGAACCUUUCCAGAAAUGAUUUGUCAGGACAUAUCCCUGGCUCGCUGGUGCAAUCACCAUCCAUCCAAACCUUGUCUAUGUUUCUCAACAGAUUAUCUGGUAGGAUACCACCUGUUUUGGGCAACCUCUCCAACCUCAAAUAUCUUCAGGUCGAUCACAACGCCCUGUCCGGACCUAUCCCGCCGUCUUUGGGCAUGUUGCCCAAACUAUCUCGGCUCAGCAUCGGCUUUAACAACUUGAGUGGAGUGAUCCCCAAUUCCAUUUGGAACAUUUCCUCUCUAACACUGCUUUCUGUCCAGGAAAAUAUGCUUAGUGGAACAAUACCUCCAAACGCAUUCAGUAAUCUUCACCUUCUCCAAGACAUAUCGUUGGAUGCUAACCACUUCCAUGGCCCCAUCCCAGCUGCAAUAGCUAAUGCUUCUAAUAUCGCAUUACUUCAGAUGUCAGAGAACUUUUUCAGUGGCAUCGUUCCUCCCGAGGUUGGAAGCUUUCCGAAUCUCUUCCGGAUAAAUCUCCAACAAAAUUUGCUUCGCGCAAAAGAGCCCAAAGAUUGGGAAUUCAUAACCACGUUAACAAAUUGCACAGUGUUACAAGUUUUGGGGUUGGGAACCAAUAAGUUUGAGGGAGUCCUCCCUGAUUCACUUUCCAACCUUUCCACCUCCUUGGUGCAACUCGGCCUUCAAGAGAACAAAAUAUCAGGAAGCCUCCCUAAAGAUAUAGGUAACCUCAUUAACUUGCAAUUUAUCAUUCUCUAUACUAACUCUUUCACCCAAACUCUCCCCUCUUCCUUGAGUAGCCUCAAAUUCCUUUCCCUACUCCAAGUAUACGAAAAUAAAAUAAGUGGGUCUAUUCCACAGAAUAUAGGAAAUCUUACUGAACUAAUUUCUUUGGACCUCAGCAUGAAUGCCUUUGGUGGUAGGUUACCACGCACACUUGGAAACCUAACAAACUUGUUGACACUAGAUCUUUCAAGUAAUAACUUUACAGGACCAAUACCCAGCGGAUUAUUCAACAUCCCAACACUCUCAGAAUAUCUUUCUCUAUCAAGUAAUAACUUGGAGGGAUCGCUACCUCAUGAAAUAGGGAAUCUAAAAAAUCUAGUAGAAUUCCAUGCAGAGUCAAACAUUUUAUCAGGUGAAAUCCCGAGCACCAUCGGUGGAUGUCAACUUCUCCAGCAACUCUACCUCCAAAACAACAAAUUUGAAGGUACCAUCCCAUCAGUCCUUAGUCAAAUGAAAGGUCUACAAACUCUAGACAUUUCGAGCAACAAUUUGUCAGGCCAGAUACCUAAAUCCUUUGCAGACCUUACCACACUCUAUUAUCUCAACCUUUCAUUCAAUAGCCUUUCUGGGGAAGUGCCAAUCACUGGUGUUUUUGCAAAUUCUUCAGCAAUAUCAAUCCAAGGAAAUGGAAACCUUUGUGGCGGUGUACCUAAUUUACAUUUGGCCCCUUGUUCCUUGCAAUUAGCAAAGAAGAAACAUAAAUUCCCGGUUGCGUGUAUGCCUAUUUCUAUCAUUGCAACACUGGUUGUUCUUGCCUUCCUCUACAAGCUUCUUCUUACCUGGCAAAAUAAAAGACAAGCAACAAUCCUGUCGACAACGUCCAUGCAAGGUUACCAACUGAUUUCUUAUAGUCAGUUGGCGAGGGCAACAUAUGGUUUCUCGGCAGGGAAUUUGCUGGGUUCUGGAUCAUUUGGGUCUGUGUACAAAGGAGAGUUGGAUGGUCAUGCUGGAGAAAAUUCAAACCUUGUUGCUGUCAAGGUAUUAAAACUUCAAACUCCAAAGGCGCCGAAGAGUUUCACUGCCGAAUGCAAAGCAUUAGGAAAUAUGCGACACCGCAAUCUUCUCAAGAUAGUUACAGUUUGCUCAAGCAUUGAUACCAGAGGGAAUGAAUUCAAAGCAAUUGUGUAUGAUUUCAUGCCUAAUGGUAGUCUAGAAGGUUGGCUACAUCUUGACACAAGUGACCAAGCAGAGCAAAAGUAUUUGAAUCUGCAUCAAAGAGUGACAAUACUACUUGAUGUGGCUUAUGCCUUGGACUAUCUUCACUGCCAUGGUCCUGCACCUGUUGUACAUUGCGAUGUGAAGCCAAGUAAUGUGCUCCUAGAUGAUAAUAUGGUAGCCCAUGUUGGAGAUUUUGGUCUUGCUAAGAUUCUUAACGAGGGAAGCUCAUUUCUCGAGCAGUCCAUGAGCUCAAUGGGAUUUCGAGGGACAAUUGGUUAUGCUGCCCCAGAGUAUGGUGUUGGAAACCCCGUGUCCAAGCAUGGAGAUAUUUACAGUUAUGGCAUUCUUGUGUUGGAAACAGCCACUGGAAAGAGGCCCACCGAUAGCAAAUUCAGACAAGGAUUGAGCCUUCGUGAGUAUGUUGAGCUUGGUCUAUGUGAUAGUAUGAUGGAGGUUGUGGACAUGCGGCUAUCGUUGGAUCUUGAGUAUGGGCUUCAAACUGUGAAUGCUUCUGCAUACAAGAGAACGAUUGAUUGCCUUGUUUCGCUACUUAAACUCGGAAUUUCCUGCUCUCAGGAAUUGCCGUCAAGUAGAAUGCCAACCGGAGAUAUCGUCAAGGAACUUCAUGCCAUGAAAGAAUCUCUCUCGAGGGAGUAGUGAAUAUGAAGACAGAAACCAUGCUAAUGCUAACUGGAAUGUUUUAUGUGAGAAUGAUAUGUGCAUCGAUAUUGUUGGGCAUAUUUUUGUUUGGAAUUGAUUCCUGCAUUGGUACUUCAAACAGUUAACAUGGAAGUACAACCAAUUUUGCGCUUCAAUUGCAGCUAUUUCCUAAUGUUUGCAUAAGAGUACGGUCUCUACUAUGUUUCAGUUAGAAUCGCAACAGCUGAGUUCAUAAGUCCCCAUUGCAUGAUUAGUGAUGGGUAUGGGUUUAGUAGAACUCGUGUUAAUAUUGUCCAUUAUUUUACCAGUUACUAUUUUUUCCAUGUGGCGCGUCUUUGUUUGGUGAGUGGAAAACAAUUUGUUAUGUUCAGAACAGAAUUACGAUACUCCUGUCGAGAAUAUUGUAAACCGAUGAUGGUUAAUAGUUUUGUCAAACCAGUUUAUUUUGCUCAUGAGCACAGAUAAAACAGAUUUACUUUUAUAUGGACUGAGUUGAACCUGCUUUUGCAAAAGCUAUCCAUGGUAAUUUGCAGGUUAGUCCAACGUUUAUGCUCGUCCACCCAUCUUAAACCAAAGCCGUGUAACCCUCAAGGCUCUACUGAAAGCUUCAGGAUUAGGGAUACUAAGGCCUCCAAAUUCAAUCGGGGAGCAAACUUUGUUCCAAUUGACAAGACAUUUACCACCUGACACUUUAUCAGAGCUAGCCCAAAGAGAAGAUCUACAAAGCUUGUUCAUCUGAGCAUCAACUCACUUGGAUUGGUUGGUGGCCAUCACCUGAAAAGAGGGGAUUGCAGAGAAAACAUGCCGAACCAACACCACUUUGCUUGCAUUUGAGAUGAAUUGCCCAUGAUACCUUGAUAACUUGGCAAAGCUGUAGAGGAUAGCUUGAUAGUCAUUAUUUCUGGAGACCUCUUAUUUCUGUGGUGGUGAACGGACAGGGGACAUGCCAAGGUAGGUACAGGGAAAUGAGGACAUGGUGCGCGGGAGAUUGUCCAGGGUGGCUGUCAGGUCGAUCUCAUUGCACU